CAACCGACCUCGUUGGGAAAAGUCUACAUGCAUUAGGUGCACACACCAACCACCAUUGUUGAACACGUCCACCUUCUUCUCCCAUUUAUAUUCUCUCUCUUCUUUUUCUUCCUUCAUUGACCAAUGACGUGAUUCCUUGCAUUUUUAAUUUAGAAAUAUAAAGAUCUCAUACUUUCAAACAUUCAUCAAUUCCCUAAAAUAACAAAGGACUUCUUUGUAGUUUGAUCUUCCAGCUGCCAAAUUUCAGCUUUACGGCUUCUGGGUAUUUCUUGAAUUCCCGCCAUGGAUGCUACCUCGAGCUCCACCGUUGUUUCGCAGAUGCGAUUAUCAUCUCGAAAUUUCAGACCCAGAUUCUUUGAGUCAUGUCCACAAAUCAAAACUUUCAUGCCUCCUAGUAGAUAUGCAUGUAGAAAUUCUUCCGGGUCACGUACAAUCUUGUCUUCUAACUCAGUUGACAGUCAAAGCAACAACAUCAGUGGAUUUUCUUAUUGUCAACCAGAGAAAAGAAGUAAUGUAAUGGGAAAAACAUUUUGUUCUGCUGCAUUAUACCCAAGCAUAUAUGACGAGGACUUGGCAAAAGCUCCUUCUCAUGUUGCAGAGGAAAAGAUUGGGGUGCUUCUUUUGAAUCUUGGAGGACCUGAUACUCUUAACGAUGUCCAGCCAUUCUUGUUUAAUCUAUUUGCUGACCCUGACAUCAUUCGCCUUCCAGCGUUGUUUCGUUUUCUGCAAAGACCUCUGGCGCAGUUGAUUUCUACUCUCAGAGCCCCUAAAAGCAAGGAAGGGUAUGCUUCAAUAGGAGGGGGUUCUCCUUUGCGAAAGAUUACUGAUGAGCAGGCAAAUGCAAUCAAGAUGGCACUAGAAGCAAAAAACAAGGAUGUAUCUGUCUAUGUUGGCAUGAGGUACUGGUACCCGUUUACAGAAGAGGCGGUUGAGCAGAUCAAGAGGGACAAGGUUACAAAGCUUGUUGUCCUUCCUCUCUAUCCUCAGUUUUCUAUAUCCACAACAGGUUCUAGCCUCCGAGUUCUACAAAACAUGUUCAGGGAAGAUGCAUAUCUGUCUCGCCUGCCUGUUGCUGUUAUUCGAUCCUGGUACCAACGAGAAGGUUAUGUGAAAUCCAUGGCUGACUUGAUUGAGAAAGAGCUGCAAUCUUUCUCCACGCCAGAUGAGGUUAUGAUAUUCUUCAGCGCUCAUGGUGUGCCUGUUAGUUAUGUUGAGGAGGCUGGAGAUCCAUACAAAGAUCAGAUGGAGGAUUGCAUCUUCUUAAUUAUGAGAGAAUUAAAAGCUAGAGGAAUCAACAAUGGUCAUACACUUGCUUACCAGAGUCGAGUUGGUCCUGUGCAAUGGCUGAAACCUUAUACUGAUGAAGUUCUUGUUGAGCUUGGCCAAAAAGGAGUAAAGAGUCUGCUGGCAGUUCCUGUGAGCUUUGUGAGUGAGCACAUUGAGACACUUGAAGAGAUAGAUAUGGAAUACAAGGAAUUGGCGCUUGAAUCUGGGAUUGAAAACUGGGGUCGUGUUCCUGCUCUAAAUUGCACUUCUUCUUUCAUCAAUGAUCUAGCUGAUGCUGUCACUGAAGCUCUACCUUCAGCAGCUGCAAUGUCUACCAGUACGUCGUCUGAAGAAGUCGAAAAUGACCCGGUCAAGUAUUUCAUAAAGUUCUUUUUCGGCUCUCUGUUGGCCUUUGUCCUGCUUCUGUCCCCAAAGAUAUUUCUGGCAUUUAGGAACAAUCUUUUGUAGAGAAAUAGAGGAAGAAUUAACAGAUUAUGAAGCCAAACAGUAUACAAAAAAUAGACUGCAGAGGAGAAUCAUAGUAGUGAUGGACUUAAGAGGAUGCUUGUUUCAUGCCUUCUAAUUUCUUCUUCAACUUCCAAACGAUGACAAAUGUUGAAUACUUUAUUUUGUAGCCUGCUGGUUAUUUUCUCAAAUAUACAUCUGUAGCAAGAAUGAAAUAGUACAAAUUAGAAAGGGAAAUCCCUCAGAUUUUGUUACAGUUUGAAAUAAUUUUUACUGUUGAUAAUUCUUCUCCAA